AACAUAGGAAACUUUUUACUAUUCUACCAAGGGACUACACAAAUGCAUACAAGAACAAACUUACCACAUUUCAAAUUUCCAAAAUAACCUUUAUUCUAAACUUACAUUUUAAAUUUUAAGUUUAGUAUAAAAAAGUUAAGUGCACCUAAGUUCUUUUUUUUUUUUCCAAAGUAUUUCAUCCUUGACAUGUCUCAGCAAACCGUAGUGACACUCAUCUCCUUUAGUAAUCUUAAAAGAUAGAAUGUGUACCAAAGUACGUCACAUCACUUUAGUACAUACAUCUAUUUUACAAAAUGUUGUAAAGAGAAUCCCUGAACUAUAAAUGUCCAUAAUCCUUCAACAAAGAAUGUCCCGUUUGCUGGCUGUGGUUGGCAUAGCAUCUACUAGUCAGUUGUGAGUUUACAGUACUUCAUAAUGCUGGAAUGAAGCCACUUAAGCUGCUUUACAAUCGGAGCAGAGAUGGAAAAAAAAAGAAGAAAACUUCCGUUUGAGUUACAGCUGUUAAAGUUUUGAUAGCUGUGGCCUUUUUGUUUAAAAAACAAACAAAAAAUAAAAAACAGGUUAAGCUGCCUGAAGUGACAGCAGGAGUUGGUUUUUUUUUAAAAACUUGUCAUGUCGGAAAAAGGAAACAGAUUUCCAGAAAGUUGGUUUGGGAUUUAGUUAAUAUUUAUAUCACUAAACAGCCAACGUUUUGACUUUUGUUUCUGUUAGCCACAGCUAUUAAAAUUUUAUGCUGCGUGUCGGAUACCCAGUGACACUCAUUCACACCACAAUGAUAAAUGCUUACAAAUAUUAGGUUGUGGUAUCCAUACAGACAACAUGUCUAGCUUCAAAUACUUUAUUUAGUUUUUGAUUGACUCCAAAGAUGCAUGAAAGCAUUUAUUUAUUUUUUAAAAAUGACUUAAAUAAACAUGCUGACAGUCAUGUAGCCUCGUUGCAAGAUCUUUGCAUACACUUUGAGGCUUUUGUAACAACAUGGCACAUCUUUACAUUAAGUUUUUAAAUGGAAUAAAAAUGGACUCAAAACUGUUGAAAAAUGUCACAGCUUCUUUUUUCCUUUUCAUUUAAAAAGUCAUGAAAACAGAAUGUAAAAAGAGAUUAGGCCCUUUUUCUGCAACUCUUCAGUUUUGCUUAGCAGUGCAUGUCAGAUAAAAGGUACAUUAGCAAAAGGUGCAAAGUAUGCAGCAACUCAAAGAUGCAGGUGACUCACACAUAGUGACAGAAAUAAAUCCACAAUAGAUUGCAGUCAUGGGAAACUGAAGGCUUGAGGAGCCGACAGUGUCACAACUUCUUGUUCAAGGAUAUGUUUGCUUUUUCAACCGGUGACGAUUAAAAUUUGACGUCACAACUUAUUCUAAAUGCAUUGCCGGCUAGAUCUUUGGCACAACCAGCUCAUUGGUUAUACUGUCGAAUGUUUUCAUUAGCCUAACUACUCGUGUAAAUCAGUCAAAAUAUUGAACCAAGAAAACUGAAGUAUUAAAUGCAUUUUUGUGAAAUGGUUACAAUCUUCUAAGAAGAAUGAUUUUUUUUCACACAACUUUAAAGAUGUGUAAACAAAAGAAUCCUAAAAAAAAAAGCGUAGCUCUGUAGAUCUGAAUAAUAAAUGCGCAAUGAUAAACUCUGGGUAUCCGACUGUGGAAUAGAAACAAGAUACAUAAAAAGCUAAAAAUGUUACACCAACCACCCCUUUCUGUUCAUCUUACUAUUUGGAUUUACUUUAAAUUUCUUUCCUUUAAGUUUACUGAAGUUAAUUUGCUUUGAUACAGGGUUAUCCCCAGUGCUCUUUGGCACUCGACUAUGUUCAUCUACAAGUUGCCCAACAAGGAUGCCUGCAAGACAUUGUCUAAGUUGGUGCAGCAAGCCAUGAACUCCCAGGAUUUUCCUGCCCAAGAUGCCCCACUCACUGUCAAUGAGCAGCCAUUUAAAUCCUGCACUUUGAAAUUCCCUGCCAGGGACAACCAGGUUAUUGUCAUGUCUGGUCAGGAGACAAUUCGUGUACUAGAAGUCGAGGUUGACGCAUCUCUGCCGUCUUCGGUACCCGAUGGGAAGAAUGAGGGCAAAACUGCUGAGGAGGAAAUGGCUCAGUGUGCAGAGAAAGCUGAAGCUGCCAGCAUCCAGAACAGCCUCACAGCGCCCCACAGCACUGGGGAAACAGUGGUCAGUGAGCAGCAGGGGGCGUCUGGUGAUGCGUCGGCUGCUGCUGUCCAAACAGUGAAUCCUGCAGCUCAGCUCAGCGUUUCCAUAGCUCAACCCCAGGCCACCAUGCCCAUUACAGUACAAGGUUGUCCACAGGUUCUGACCCAGGAAAGCCUGGCCACUUUGAUGACUGGUAUGAUGGCUCAGACGGGUUCACUGGGUCAACCUCUGCUUAUCCCCCUCAACAUGGCCGGUUCCAUCGCCGGCCAGGGCGGCUUAGCGGUUUUCACUCUGCCAACCACCAACGUAGCCACUCUCCCUGGCCUUGCAGCCACAAACCCAGCUGGGAAUCUGCUCAAGCUGCCCUUUGCUGGCCUACAGGCUGCAACAGUUCUGAACUCAGUCCAGCCCCAGCUGCAGGCGAAUACACAGGCAAUGUUCCAGCCUCAAGCAGCGCCUGUACAGCCGGUGCAGACGUCUGUGCAGCAGGUGCCUCCUCAGCAAACUCAAGUCACCAAUGCACAGGUCACUAAUGCCCAGGCGACGGCUGCCCAGGUGACCUCUGUGGCCAACACCAUCUCCCAGCCCAACAUUUCCGUGGCAGCGCUUCAGACAGCAGGACUGUCCAUCAACCCGGCCAUUAUAAGUGCUGCUUCUUUGGGUGCACAGCCUCAUUUCCUCAGUUCUCUCACCUCAACUCCCAUCAUCAACAGCGCCAUGCCCAGUAUGGCUGGCAUCACCAGCCAGAUCAUCACAAACGCCCAGGGUCAGGUGAUAGGAACCCUCCCUCUGCUGUUGAACCCAGGGUCUCUGGCUGGAGGGACUGCAGCUCCCUCUCUGCCCCUACAGGGUCUGCAGGUCCAGACCAUCGCCCCACAGCUGCUCCUCAACACCCACGGCCAAAUUAUUGCAACUUUGGGAAACGGACAUGCUGCCGUUGCAACUUCUGCUGCAGUUCUGCCCAAAACUACAGCUCCUCCUACAGUUAAUAAGCCAAACGCUCAGCCGUCUGCACUGAAGACCCCGACCGCGCUCACCUCAGCAGCGCCCAUCGCCUGUGGAGACAUGGCCAAAGUGGGGCAGCUUGUCAGCAAGCCUCAGCAGGCAGCCAGCAGCGAGGAAGGGAUUAAUUUGGAGGAAAUCCGAGAGUUUGCCAAGAACUUCAAGAUCCGUCGGCUGUAUGGUUCAGACACAAGUACAGUCACUGCAUUAUUUUUUACAGUCUUUUCCCUUCCUUUCCGCCUCAGGUUUGAAAAGCUUGACAUCACCCCCAAGAGCGCACAGAAGCUAAAACCGGUUUUAGAGAAGUGGCUGGCUGAGGCCGAGCACUGGAACCAGAAAGGCCAGCAGAACCUAAUGGAGUUCGUUGGCGGCGAACCGUCCAAAAAGCGCAAACGGCGCACCAGUUUCACGCCGCAGGCGAUCGAGGUCCUUAACUCCUACUUUGAGAAGAACGCUCUGCCCACAGGCCAAGAGAUUACAGAGAUCGCAAGAGAACUGAAUUAUGACAGAGAGGUGGUCCGGGUCUGGUUCUGCAACAGACGACAGACACUGAAGAACACGAGCAAGAUCAACGUCUUCCAGGUUUAGGAACAACCUCAUUCUCAUCCUCUUUUGGGUGGGUAGAAAGUUUAGUUUGUUUUUGUUUUGUUUUUCUAAAUAAAAAUCAAGAAAAUUGUAAAGUUGUGUAAGAAAAACGAGUUAAAGCUGUGUUCUCAGGUUGUGUAUGUGAACACAGUUUGGUGCAUAUUCAGUUACACUGCAUGGUCCUUUUGUUUUACAGUUUUACACUGCAAAAACACAAAACCUCACCAAGUAAUUUUAGUCUAGUUUCUGAUGCAAAUAUACCAGUGCAUUUAAUAGGAAAAAACUAACUUACAAAUAACUUGCAGCUAGAAAUAUGAGGUUUUACUUGUUACAUUGGCAGAUUAUUUCACUUAUAUCACAAUGUUUUUUCAUGUUAUGCCUGAAAUAAUCUAAUAGAACAAAGGAAAGGAGUUAUUGACUUAAAAUUAGCUAAUAUUUCUUGCAGAAAUCUUAUAGAAACUUGCACUUGAAACUGGACCAAAAAUACUUUUGUGUCAUGAUUUUGUGUUUUUGCAGAGUGACAUGCCAUAUUUAAGAAAUUUGAUCUACCUUUUUUAAUAAGUGGUUUUAUAAGCUAACCCUUCUCAUAUAUUUUAAGUGUUUGUACGGUAUCGGUUUUGCUCUUUUGUAUGUUAUUCUGUUGUUGGCAUAUUUGAAAAAUAUGCAGAAUAAUAGGACAGUUUUAGCUGGUCAUUUACCUGGAGGUUCGUCAGACUCUGAAAAGGCAAUAACCUUAUUUUCAGUUUUAAGUGUUUACAGAACAGCAGUUACUUUAGUUCUGCCCAGCGCUUUGGGACAAUCACCUCUUUGAUAGAUAAUCAGAAACAUGAGAUUGUUAUUUCUCAUUUGGUCAAACCGCGUGAACUUUGUCACAAUCUCAGCUUUGAUCACAUCGAACGCUGCAGACACACCAGGUUUGCUGUAAUCUAAAAGUUUGGGUGUCUCUGUUUCAUGUGUCAUGGCUGAAUGUGUGACUUUGGCGACUCUGACGCAUGAAUACACCAAUCUGUCUGUUGGACUUUAUUUUUAAAUGCUUGUUUUGUUCAGAGGGUAUUUUGCCUCAUUACCUAAUAUCUUUAAGUAGAAAAUUACAGUUAGGUAUAUAUUUAUUGGCACCUCUGGUAAAGAUGCAUGAAAAAGCCCUAAAAUAAAUUAAUCUUUCAAUGCAGUAGGUUAAAUUUACACUGGAAAUGUAUUCAGAGGAGAAAAACAACCCACAAAUAUUAGUUCCUCUGAUGUAAUAACUCAGUUUAUAUGCAGAGGUCACCAGAUUUCUGAUUAAAUUCAUCUUUUAUUUUACACAGUUCCUUUGAAAAAGCUUUUAUCCAUAUUUAUUCUUUGGCUCACUUCAAGUAUUUGUGGCAAAAGGUUAAUUCUGUGCAUCUUUUUACCAAAACAUUUUUUAUGUUUGUAAGGAUAAAUGAAGCUCUUCUCUGCUAGAUUUCUCAUACAAAUGGUUGCCAUGGAAACUUGGUGACUUGUAUUUGUAGGUCUUUAAAUGUGAGCGUCAGAGUUUUAUUUUAGUAAAGUAAAUUUGGAUUCUUAUCCAGCCUAAAAUAAAUUCCUCCUUGUGUUAUUCUUUAUUCAUAACAGAAGUCAUUGAUUACUAGAUAAUAGAAAUAAAUUAAUUAAUAAUAAUAAUAAAAAAUGCUCUAAUUAUGUUUAUUCCAAUUGUUAGUUUGAUUUUUGAAUGUACUCAAAUUAAAAGUUAUAUCUACAAUGGGUUUAUUUUAAAACUAUUUGCUACCAGGAGUGCCAACAAACUAAUCCUGACUGGCCUGUAUGGAGCCUAAUAUAAUUUAAUGUAGAUGUUACUGUCAUGUUUUUUGAUGUUCCUCGUAAAAUUUGAAAUCAAACUCCUUAAACUAAUAAUAAUAAAAAACAUUAUCAGCUUAGCUGCGUGGAGAAAUGCGGAUUGUUUGGUUAGAAUAUUCAGUUUGAACAAAUUUAUGGACGUUUCACAUGGGAACUUAUUUUGGCAUUUCUUUUUAUCCUUGCCGUUAUUUAAGGAUUUGUUUGCACUUUAGUGAAAGCAGGGAAAGUAAUUGAGCCGCUUGCAAUCACGAUUUCAGUCUAGUACCAGAUUUAUGUGUUUUUUAAAAAAUAAAAGAGGUUUUUGUUUACUGCUAUCGAUUAGUAAGAAGCUUUUGCAAAAUGUAGCAGUAGCCUACUGGCAAAAUGGCUAAACUUUUAUUUACUAUAUAUGCAGAUGAAAAAAUGUAAAUUACAACAAAAUUUUUACUAAUAUGCAUAAAUACAAAAUGUUUGAGUUUGUGAAAUCAUAUCUUGAUUUUAUGCUCUAUCUGAUGGUUGCCUUAUGGAGAACUUUGGGCUUUUAAUGCAGUAUACCUAAACAUAAAAACAUGAGUCUUGCUUUAAAAUGUCUACCUUUCUGCUCAGCAAUUUUAAAUAAAUAUAUAAUUAUGUUUAUUGUAUUAAGUUGUGUAAUAAAGAAAAGUAAAAGCAUUAUUUGAGAAUAAAUAUAAGGUACUACUCAUUUCACUUAGCAAGCUGUUGAAGUUUCAGAUUUCCACAAAAUAAACAUUUGAUGAUUUUUGUCUUUUUUUGUCAAAAGAAUAAACCAUCUUUAACAAAUACUUGAA